GAGAAAUGGAAGUGAAGGAAGAAGAAAAACCUGUGAUUGAUCCCAAACAAAAGCCCCAUGAACACAAACUGAAUGUGAGGCAAACUGCGCGAAUGCUGAUGCGCUUUUUGAAGGGAAUUUCAUCUGAUAAACCUAUUAAUAGGGCAAAGCAACAAGCUAUCACAGAGUUAGGGUUCGGGUCUUUUCUAAACCUUGACAUACCACCAAAUGUAAAUCCAUUCCCGUACGAGGUUCUUUCCCAUUUCAACUCUUCAACCCGGGCCCUAGAUUUACAAAAAUCUUCCUUGCAUAUUACAAUAGGGGACAUAUAACUUGUGUAUGGUAUCCCUAUUGGAGGAGACCAGGUGAUUGAAUUGACAGAUGAAACAGAUCCAGCGGUGAAAAAAGUAUUUUCAGAUUUUUGGAAAUAUUGGGACGUGCAAUCUGGAUGCCCAAAGUUGGUGAAAAUGAUAGAAACAUUGAUCAAAGAAACCACCAAAGUUGAUGAUAACUGGAAGAGAUCUUUCCUCGUGGUUGUUGUUAACACAAUGAUCAAAUCCACUACCAACAUUUCGAACAAGAAGAACCACCACAAGAAGAACAAGAACCAGAACAACCACAACCACCACCACCACAACAGGAAGAACCACAACCACCACCACCAGAACAAGAAGAAGUACCACCACCACCACAACAAGAACAAGAACAACCACAACCACCACCAACAGAACAAGAACAAGUACCACCACCACCACCACCACUACAACAAAAACAACAACAGCAGCAAAAACAACAACAGGCACAUCAAAGUUCACCGGUGACUGAACUCGGUGAAGAUCAGGAGAUACCAGAGCAACAAACACACUCCAAACCCGAGGAAGUCAAACUACCCUCGACAGUUGAGGAGUUUCAUCAGGAGUUCUUGAAGACCACAGCUGAAUUAAGUGGUGUGAUGAACAAAUUCAACAACCUCUUGUCGUUGUCGAAGAAGUUCUUUGACACGACUGUUGAUGUAAAAGAAACAAUGUCAUUUAAUAUGGCAGAGAUGUGGUCCAAGUGUUCAGAAACACAACUUCCAACUGUGUUUGAUAACGCCAAGAAUGCAUCGAAUGAGGAGAGAAAAGAUUCACAGGAGAUGGGUUCCAUUCUGAGUCAAGACAAAGAGUUUUUCAGCUCGGACUACUUCUCCAUUUUAUUUGAUGAUGUAGUCAAGAAAGCGACUAGAGGGAAGAAAAAAGAAACUGUUAUGGAAAAAGAAACAGAGGAACCUAUGUCAGAGGAGCCUCUAUCAGAGGAAAGUCUACCAGAAUUACCUCCAUUUCUCACACCUCCCACUAUGGACUCUGAAAAUGAUGGGGUUAAUGAUUUGACUUUGAAGCUUGGACUACCGUCCAUUUCAGAAAUUACCCCUACACAUGACUAUGAAGAGGAGAUGAGGAUCCAAGCACUCUUGAUGAACAACUCUUUAACAGAACGUGACCUUCAAACGAUUUCAGGGGAGAAGGAAGAUUAUUCAGAAAAAGAAUAG